GGUUUUGAGAAAUGCCAUAGCGCCUUACGAAAAUUACAUCAAAUUUCGUAGUGUUGACUGUUGUUAUUAUUGUUGAUUUUGAUAGGCGUAUUUGACAAUUCAAAAAAUUCAAUAAACUAUUAUUAUGGCUCCCAAACGUAAAAAAACGACUAACGCACUUCGGUCGAAGAAAAAGAAAGGUGUAUCCCAAUCAAGAACAAAGAAAGAUAACGCUGAGGGUCUUCUCAAAUUUGAGUAUAAGUGUGCUGUUUGUGAUUCUUCUUUUGACGAGGAAUCUAAACUGGAUAAACAUUUAGUGAACUGUAAUGAAGCUAAUUCUGUAAUGUCGGCAAUGGAUGCCCGGGCACAUAUAAAGUGCAAUGAGUGUACUAAAGUAUUUAAGUUCAAGAACAAUUUUCUUAUGCACGUACAAAAUGAACAUUCCAAAUUACCAGGAAGCGUAGCUUGUCAUCUGUGUCCUGUAAGGUGUCCAAACAAGUCUACAUUACGUAAGCAUAUACAAAUGACUCACAACAGAGAAGAGUAUGCUUGCACAUACUGCAAAAAGACAUUUGUGAGGCGAGCUCAUGUUAUGAGGCAUUUGUUACAAAGUGGAUGUAAUGGAGCUGAAGUAGCUUCCUUUCCUUGUGAAAUAUGCGGUGCUAAUUUCUCUCGAAAAGACAAUUUGAUUGUACAUCUUCGCAUUCAGCAUAUUUUAAAGAAAGGAUAUUCAUGUAAAUAUUGCUCUUACACAUCUAAAAACUUUUCAAAACUCGUUAAACAUUGGCAGGAAAACCAUUUGGAGCCACUUAAGUUUGAAUGCGACAUUUGUGGAAAAACAACUUCUUCUCGCACUUCAAUAGCCAAACAUUUGGAAAUACAUGGAGACAAAAAGCAUGCGUGUGAUGUGUGUGGUUAUAGUACAUUUACGGCUGAAGUGCUGAAGCGGCAUAUGUUCACCCACUUGAAGGACAAACCACAUAAGUGCGACAUCUGUGGGAAUUCCUACAUUCAACGGCUUCAGCUGGAUCGUCACAUGCAAAAGCAUAUUGGGAACAUAUGCAAGCAGUGCGGUGAAGCUUUCCCUUCUAAAGUCAGAUUAAUGGUCCACCAACGAGUUCAUUUGGGUCUGGAGCGUUUGGUGUGCCCAGUUAAAGAAUGCAAUUUUUCGAAUAGAGAAUUCGAUAGUGAGGCUAGUUUACGAACUCACGUGAAGAGUCAUUUAGGUAGCAAGGAUUACAAGUGCGAGGUUUGCAACAAAACUUUCUUCUCGGAGGUCAACAUGAAGCGGCACGUGGCGACGCAUCGGUUGGAUCGUCCGCGCCGCUGCAUGUACUGCGUGUCCGCGCGCGCGUACGUCCGCGGCGAGCAGCUGCUGCGGCACGUGCGCCAUCAACACUCGGACCUGUUCCGGCAGCAUCUGGCGCAUGUGCGGAACGUACUGGGCAAAAAUAUUAACGUGGACAGAGUAAGAAAAUCUGAAUUGGAUUCUAUCUUAAACGUACUGGACGCGGAGUCGGACCGCAUUCUAGCGUACAGCAGCUCGGACACGUUGUAUGGUGGAGUGGAAAAAGUCGAAGGCAACAUCAUUCCAGUAAAAGAGGUAGAAGACAAUCCAUUGAUGUCUGAAAAAGAGCUGGAAGAAAACCUAAAGUUAUUAUUAAAACGCUUGGUCGACGAUGACGUUCUCGAGAUCUUUGGAUGGCCCAACGAAUCUGUUGACACUGUGUUGGAAAAAGUGAUAGAGCAUUGCGGUGCCCGCAGUGCAGACAAGAGUCGCUGGACUCGCGUGCAGUGUUUGCGCGAGAACACGAAGCACCUGUUCCUGUACGCGGUCGAGGACAAGAACAUAGCGCGUAUGCUCGAAACUCACACCAUUGACCAGAUCGUCAAACAUAUACUCGUACAGGUUGACGAUGAACAGCCCGCUGAGUGUUGAUGUUCACGUUCACGGUAAAUGAGGAAACGAGACAACAUGAACGUGUCAGUGAGAUAGAGAGGGACAGAGGAUGGCGUAUUGUGUAACAAACUAUUUUUUAUUAACUACUCUCAGACAAUUUUGAUUAUUUUAAAAGUCCUUAGAACACCUCUGCUACAGUUACUCGCCUAUUUAACAAUUUCCCUUUUAAAACGAGUAUAAUUACAAGAAAAAAUGGAAAAUUUUAUGAGUAAGGUAAUGUUUGAUUUUUCUUUAAAUAAAUUUUAAACUUCACGUUUUUAUAAAGACGUUGUAGUUUUCCUAUUUUCAAUUACAACAUAUUUGAAGGUCAUUUGUUUUUGUACAAAAUCAAAUUGAAAGUCUGCGAUUUUUUUGUUUAGACGCCCUUUUUACUCAUGCUAUUAAAAUCACAUCCAAGAACAUUAUUUGAUCACCCACCUACAUUUUGUAUGUGGCGAACGGCGGGUAAUAUAACAAAUAAAGCCGGGACCUUUAGAUGAAACAUGCCUUCAGAAACAUGGAAAAUUCCAAUAAUAACCCAUUUGAGUCCGAACUUUUCGAAAGUGAAUUAACUAUAACGAAUUCUCUAAGAACUGCGCCAUUGUCUUUAAUAAUAUUAUAAUUGUCGCUAUAAGUUAGCGACAUUAUAUUGGAAGAUCACAAAUCAUGAGAAAAAACAUUCAAAUUCAAUAAAUACCAUGUGCAAUAGUACCAUAGAAAUAAGUUCAAAUGACAUACCAAUGUAGUAACUUAUUUUUUAAAGGUCCUAAAUUAUUUUACUCAAAGGAAAAAUUUCCUGCCUAUAUCUUAUAUAAUCUGGGACUAAAAUAAACAUUUUUUAUUUAGAUUUACCAAAUUAUAUUUCCUCUAUUUCUUAUCGCCCCCAAUUUUCCAUUGGUUACACAUAAAAGUAGAACUAAAUAACUUUGUAAUUUUUAUGGUUUCAUUUUUUGAUUAAAAAAACCAAACAGUCAUGCAUAGGUGCAAGCGACAUUCAACUC